AUGUGGACUGAUUGGCAGAAGUGGUACUCGGGUGAUGAGCUGGAUGUUAGGGCCAUCAUGGACACCUGGACGCUGCAGGAGGGCUUCCCGCUGGUCACCGUGGAGGUCAAAGGGCGGGAGGUCAGGCUGAGUCGGGAGCGCUUCUCCAGGACGGACAACCCCUCCCUCACUGAAGGGAAGAUAUGUGAGCUCCCCCCCUCACCCUAUGUCUCCUCCCUUUCAGACGUCCUGUACCUGCCAGAGGAGGUGGACUGGGUGAAGUUCAACGUCAACAUGAGCGGCUACUACAUGGUCCACUAUGGCGGUGGGGGCUGGAACUCCAUCAUCUCCCUGCUGCAUCACAACCACACAGCCCUGAGUGGCAACGACCGGGCCAGCCUGAUCCACAACGUCUUCCAGCUGGUCAGUGUAGAGAAGGUGAGGCUGGACACGGCCCUGGAGCUGUCCCUUUACCUGUCCAGAGAGACGGAGAUCAUGGCGGUCUGGCAGGGCUUUGGGGAGCUUGUACCUCUCUACAAACUGAUGGAGAAGAGAGACAUGCCUGAGCUGGAGAACCAGAUGAAGAGCUUCAUCGUGGAUCUGUUCCGGGGGCUGAUCGAUCAGCAGGAGUGGAACGACUCUGGCUCGGUGUCCCAGCGAGUGUUGAGGAGUUACCUGCUGCUGUUCGCCUGCGUCAGGAAUUACAGUCCCUGUGUGACCAAAGCCACGCAGCUUUUUAACCAGUGGAGGGAUUCUGAUGGCACCAUGAGCCUCCCUGUGGACAUCACCAUGGCCGUGUUUAUGGUUGGAGCUCGCACACGGGAGGGGUGGGACUUCCUGUAUGAGAAGUACCGCACGUCUCUGCAGAUGUCGGUGAAGAGCCGCUUAAAGUGGGCCAUGGCGGUCACAACGAUGACGGACAAGCUUCAGUGGAUGAUGGAGCAGAGCCUCAACGGGGAGGUGAUGAAGACCCAGGACCUCCCAGAUGUGAUCAUCUCUGUCGCCAGGAAUCCUCAUGGCUUUAAACUGGCGUGGGACUUCCUCAGAACCCACUGGCACACGCUGAUUCAGAAGUUUGACCUGGGAUCCAGCACUAUAUCCCACUUGGUAGCCGGAGUAACCAACCAGUACUCCACCAGAGAGAUGCUUCACGAGAUACGAAGCUUCUUCGACUCCCUGACAGAAGAGGCGGGUUCUCAGAUGAGGUGCAUCCAGCAGAGCUACGAGACCAUCGAGGACAACAUCCGUUGGAUGGACAGGAACCUUCCUCUGCUGCAGGCCUGGCUGAACAAACAUGGCAGCAGAAACCAUCAUCAGGAGUUAUGAGGGGGGGUUGAGGGGUCACAAAAGCCAAAACAGAAGCAGGUCGAUGAUGGAAUUUCUAUAUUUAUACUUGAUGAAAAAGGUUUUACCUGAUGUAUUUUUUUUGAACGGGAACUAAAGUAUGAAAAUUAAUUUAUGCCAAUGGAAAGGUUUAGGGGUUUUGACAAACAUAAAAAUGAAUUAUUGCAUAAUUUAAAUACAUUUUAAGUGCAUACGAUUGUAGCUUAAUUGGAUUAAAGAUUUUGAUUUUUUGUGAUGUAUUUUAGGCACAAAUUUGGGACCUGGACACUUUUUCUAAGAUUGAUCCUGAUGUGUUUCUGUGGGUUUGUGUUAACGGUAGGUUUUGCUGUGGGGGGCUAUGUUCAACAGCACUGACGUCUGAAUUUCUGUGAUUUUUGUUUUUAUUGCACUAUUUUUUUAAUGCUACAAAAAUUGUAAAUAAAAAAAAGACUUUAUUCAAAGCAGAUAAUUGAUAUUUCUGAAAUAUUCAGUAUCAGAUCAUGUUUGUGAUCAGUUUAUCAAAGAUAAAGUUUCAAACUUGAUUGAAAAUAUUAUAAUUACGUUUUAGUUAGAUUUUAAAUGAGAUACUACCUUAAGUUGAAGUAAAAAUAGUUUCUAAUUGCAGAAAAUAAUGUAAAAAUGUAUUAUUUAUAGUCAUAAAGCUUUAUCAAAAAUGUCCUAAGUUUAUAAAACAUUGUUUUAUAUUGGAUUAAGGAAAAACAUAAAACUAUGACAGGUUUUUUUUAGGAUUUAUUUUUCUGUGUGUUUUCAGUUUUUAGUUUUCUAAUUUUGGGUUUUUUGUUACCUGUAGGCCAUAAUCAACAAACCUAAAAGUAAUAAAGACUUGAUUGAUUCAAAA